AUGGAUUACGAUUUUUCUAACAAAGUAGUGCUGGUAACUGGCGCCAGUUCUGGUAUAGGUGAAUCCACCGCCCUCCUGUUCGCUAAACUUGGCGCGAAGCUGUCGCUGGUGGGAAGAAAUGAAGCUAACUUGCGAGCAGUCGCGGCCGAGUGUGAGAAGCAGAAGGGCGUGAAGCCGCUGGCGAUCGUCGCGGACCUGGGGACUGAUGAGGGGAUCCAGAAGACUGCUAAGGAGACCCUAGCACAUUUUAAGAGGCUGGACGUGUUGGUGAACAACGCCGCCAUCGGUGCCCGCACUAGCAUCCUGCACGAGACUGACAUGAAGAUCUUCGACGACGUGUUCAGGAUCGACGUGCGCGGCGUGUACCUGCUCACCAAGCUGCUGGCGCCAGCCCUCAUCGAGACCAAGGGAAAUAUCAUCAAUGUCUCUAGUAUUGCCGGAACUGUUGUCGCUGUUGGCUCGCUACCAUACGGCAUGGCAAAGGCUGCACUGGACCACUUCACUCGCCUAGUGUCUCUUGAGCUGGCUCCAAAGGGCGUCAGAGUUAACACGGUCAGCCCAGGUCUCACUAUAACCAACUUUUUGAAGAAUAUAAUCCAUUGCUCGGACGACGAAUAUAAACAGUGGUUGGACAUUGCAAAGAAAAAUGUCCCAAUGGGUGACCCGUGCGUGGGAGAGGAUAUCGCCAGGAUGAUCGUGCACAUCGCCAGCGAGCACAGCAGACUGGUCACAGGGACCAACGUCGAAGUGGACGGCGGUCUGAGGUUCAACAAUCUGUCAAACACGCUCGUCACGCAUGUCAAGUGA